UUCGUUUUUGAUUUUGAUAGUGAACACGAAAAAGGACCUCCAACGGUGAAGCACAGCGGGGAUACCUCAACGUAUAUAACUAACGUCUACAGGUGAAUUUAGCAGACACAGUCACGAACAACAGCACAGCAGCAGCAGCCAACAUUUAUCCCAUUUCUCACAAGUGCCACCGCCCACUUGGAUUGGAUGACCGACGUGUAUUACAGCCCUAGCAUGUGUGAGCCACAGCACGUGUGUACCAUCACCAUGUUUUCGGAAAAAAGUUGUUUGAAAUCACCAUCAUUAACCUCUUGAGACGAUGGCUCGCGUGUCCAGCGCCUUCACAUGUGUACUGGGCGUUUUCAAGCUCUAUCUGCCUGAAUGAAGGAAAGAAAUGAAAUCGAUGAUUACAGGUGGUUACAAGAUGAUUACAGUCAAGCAAGUACAGUCGCUUUGUGCAACUUGAAUGGUGGUGAAAUCUCAGAUGUGCCACUCUUGUUUCAGAAGCCCAGUUACGGAUAAUCUGUUGACUUCCCAGCUGAAUUCUGAACCUCAUUCAAAUCUCAACUUGUACCUAUUUGCUUAGAGCAAGUACAGAAGAAGCUGGACAUGUUGAAGAUAUUCCACCAAUAUCACCGUUCUUGCCAACCAGCCCAGGAGAACUCCUGAAUAUUUUUCUAGAUCUCAGCUUUUGUCACCAAUUCACCAUGACUAUCAGAUCUCCCGUUGAAGGGUCGCUGCGGACUCUACACAACAUAAAAGAGGCGGCAACAAGUACUGUAUCAGAUCAAGUGUUUUCAUUCGCAGUAACCAAUGAGACACCUGCUAAAACGAAUGUGAUUGAUGGAAACUCCGGGUAGCAUAUCACUUUAUCACUAUCACCAUCAAAAUCCAUAUUCCAAAUGCAAUUUGAAAGUGACAAUUGCUCUAAUCCCUCUGUUGUGGUCGAGUUUUAUUAUUCAUUCUCGUCGGAGCCCAAUCGGAGUUUAUUCAACUCCACCCAAUAGCCUACCGCUUCAAUCGUCCAGCAGAACUCUGAAGAAGAGGCCGUUGAGGGAAUUGCCUUCGUAGAAGAAAUCAAAUGCAACGCCCGCGAAGACCCUGGUCCCCGCCGAAAGAUGAAACAACUUAAAAUCCGGAGACACUUAACUGCUGAAAUUUCCAACUCGAAAAUAGGCCGUCCAUGAGUUUCACACAAUCCAUCGCCACAGUAAACCGUCCCUCACACUGGUACCGAAUGUGAUGCUGUUUAAGUUUAAGUACACACAGACACAGACUUGUUUUGUAGGUCAUGUUUUGAUUUUAAAUAGAAAAAAAUCACAAACAGAACGCAGGUAGCUGACAACAGGCUGACAAUUUCCGUUCCGUCCAGUCGUCCGUGAAUGCUAAGAGCUUUCACUAGGUGGCUAAAAUUAAGUCCACUAGACGGCGCGGGUGUCUUCGUUAUAGAGUAGAGACGACCGCCAUUUCUUUUCGAGACAUUGUUGAUUCAGACGAGUCGAUUUUUGUUUGUCGUCGUUUAGCAGUAGCUUUUGAUCAGCGUUACGGCGUAGUUGUUGUUACUUGCUCUCUCGAAAAAAGUUUAUUGUCCUGAGAAAGAAAUAGCCCAAAUCCUUUCAUUGUGAAUUUUUGGCGUCUUGUAGUUAAAAUGGAGACCCAAGAAAUUGCUAAUUCUUCCCCUUCAACUGAGACGAAACUGAUGCCGGCCAUUUCAUCAGCCUCGGCGUCGUAUUCUUGCCAUACGGAGGGCGUAGUUAAUGAAAUCGAUUUCAAAUGGACGAUUGAACGACUAGCGUUUUUAGGUAAUUUAGAAAUAUGGGAACCAUUGACAUCGACCGAGUUUUCGGAUCACAAAUUUAAGCUGGAAAUUGUGAUGUAUGAUGUCAACCAUUUAGUGAUACGCCUGAUUCUUUCGAAUUUGAGUUUUCUGAUCGGAGUUGAAAAAAUCACGGUUUGCAACGAAAAAUGCGAGAACAUUUUCCAAAGAAAUAAGAUGGUUAUCAUUUCUCCAAAUAGUACAUGUACAGAUUUGCUUUACAUGGGAAAACAAACCUUGCUAAGGUGUGUAGAUUCGGUGAAUGGAGAAAUUACCAUUCACUGCAAAAUAAAAAGUUUGACUAGAAAGCAACCAACGGGCAAGGCUAUUACAGCAACGAAGAAAGAUUUUCACAAGACACCAACCAGAGACAACGAUCAAGAUCUUAUUCUUCGUCAGCUCGAAGAAUCUUUUGAAAAAAUGCUGUUUAGUGAUGUCACUUUCAACGUCCGUGGUCGAAAAUUGGCAGCCCACAAGAACAUUUUGGCCAUGAGGAGUCCGGUGUUUGCAGCCAUGUUUCAGCACCCAACGAAAGAGAUGCAAACCGGCGAGGUGGAAGUGGAGGACGUCGAUCCCGAUGUCUUUCAAGAAGUUCUUCGUUACUUGUACACCGGCCUGACACGAUCGACAGCCUUGGACGUUAUGGCACCGGGACUUUUGACUGCUGCCGACAAAUAUUUGCUGGAUCAGUUGAAAACUCGAUGUGAAACUCACCUGAUUCACCAAAUGUCCUCGCAGAACUGUCUGGAUUUGUUGGCUCUCACAAUCACCCACCAUCCAGCGGAGCAUUUGAAGAAAUAUGCCAUCGAGUAUUUUCGCCGUUAUCCGGGUGAUGUCAUGGGAACGGACAACUGGAAAAAGAUGAAGGAAGAAAAUCCGGCGUUGUUGUGCGACUUGCAUCAAAUGGUUUUCACAGCGCCGACUGUCUAGAAGUCCUGUGACCGUCUAUGUCCUUUUUUCUAUUGCUGUUAUCAACACGGAAUCAUUCUGCUGGAGAAAUUCAGCCUUUUAAGGCUAUUUUCAGUUUACUUUCUUUCUAAAAUUAAAAAACGCAAAUUUCCUUGCUUCGUGUGGUAUUGCGUGCACAUAAUAUGGACGCAAGUUCUUUUUAAAAAUACAGACACUUUCACAAUG